AUGCAGUAUGCUUCAAACACUCCAAAGGAGCCGCACACUAUUGUCAAUAUGUCUACUAUGUCAACACCAGCCGCAGAACAACGCAAGCUCGUCGAGCAGUUAAUGGGCAGGGACUUUAGUUUCCGCCACAACAGAUAUUCGCACCAAAAGAGAGACCUCGGACUGCACGACCCCAAGAUCUGCAAGUCAUACCUUGUAGGGGAAUGUCCCUACGAUCUGUUCCAGGGCACCAAGCAAAGCUUGGGAAAGUGCCCGCAGAUCCAUCUGGCCAAGCAUAAAAUCCAGUACGAAAGAGAGAUCAAGCAGGGCAAGACAUUUCCCGAAUUCGAAAGGGAAUACCUUGCCAUCCUGUCUCGAUUUGUUAACGAGUGUAAUGGCCAGAUAUCUCUGGCGUUGCAGAGUUUAAAGCAUACCGCCGAGGAACGAAUGAAGAUCCAGCAGGUGACUGAAGAACUGGAUGUCUUGGAUGCGCGGAUAGGUCUAAUGGGACAAGAGAUUGAUUCUUUGAUCCAUGCAGAUGAAGUCACUAUGGGCAUGCUACAGUCGGUGAAGUUGCAAGAACUAAUGAGCAAAAGGAAAGACGUUGCCAAACGUGUUAGAAACAUCACGGAGAACGUUGGUCAGAGUGCUCAACAAAAGUUACAGGUCUGCGAGGUGUGCGGGGCGUAUCUAUCACGUUUAGACACAGACAGAAGGCUCGCUGACCACUUCCUGGGGAAGAUCCAUCUGGGAUACGUCAAGAUGAGAGAGGAUUAUCAUCGGCUGAUGAAGAAUAACCAAACCGGUAACACCAAUAGGACAGCUGCAGCACUACCCGGAAAACGCUUUGUGUAG